AUGAAAUAUUAUUAUCAAUUUAAAGCUAUCAUUUCAGGAGCAAAAGGAGUAGGUAAAAAAAGUAUCCUUAAAUCAUUGGAUUCUUCAACUGAUCUCAAAACUGUUUAAUUAAAUGAUAAAAUGCAAGAAACACUUUUCAUCUAUGAAUUCUAAAAAGAUGAAUCAUACAUUCCAGAUGCACUUUGCUUUUUAAUUGUUUGUGACUAAUCAUCAUAAUCAAUCUAAUAUGCUAAAUCGAAGUAUAUAUAUUCAUCUAUUUACUUAGAAUUCAAAUAAUGCUUAAAUAACUGAAUCGUUCUUAUUAAUUUAUUGUACUAAUUAACAACAAAGUAGAUUCCCAAUUAUUACUUUAAGAUGAAUUAGAAAAUUAUUGUGCAUAAAAUCAAAUAAAUUUCAUAGCAACAAGCGCUAAAUUUGGAACCAAUGUUGUUCUACUUUAAAAUCUUCUUAGAAUCAAGGCUUAAUUGAUAAUGAAAAAAUGUUAAAUCUUACCAUUUCCAUUAGAAUCUAAUAGAGAAAAAGAAUUUGAAACUAUCAAUCACUAAAUUAAAUAAGCCACACAAAAUAGACCAUUACCAUAAACACCUUAAUCUUCUGGAGAUAAAGAAAAUUAAUCAGAUUAUAAGAGUAUAAAGAGUGAAACCGUUGAAAGUUUUAGAGCAUUUGAAUUAAUCCAAGAUAAAUCAACUUAACAUAAUGAUACCAUAAAUAUUCUUACAUAAAGUAAUUCAUACUAAAAUUGCUAAAUACAAAAUUCAUAAGUUUUACCAAGUACAAAAAGAGCUUAUCUUGAUUUAAAUAGUAAUUGUAGAUUAAGAUCAUCAUCACCUAUAACCAAGAUACUUAUGUGUUUAUAAAUUGAAUUUAAUGAGUAUUUUAAAUAGAAUUAUAAUAGUUAGAUAUACAAAGUGGAUAUUUAUUUUGAUGAUUCCUAUCCAUUAAUUGUUGAGAGGAUUUGUUCCACUAUGUAGAAGAAAGUUAAACCAACUAUUAAAAAAUAAUUGAUGUUCCUUAUUGAAACUCAUAUCAAUUCUUUUAUACAAAAACUAAAUCAAUAAUUUUAAGAAAAGAAAUGUAAUAUAUAAAUGUAUUUAAUUAAGAUUUGAGAGUCAAGGAUUGUUAUGAGAGGUUUAUUUCUAUUAACAAUUAAUAAAUUAUAUAAGAAAAACCAAUUAUUGGAACAAUAGCACUUUUAAUUUAAUAAUAAAUAAUUAAAAUUUAAGUUCAUGAAAAUGAUGAACCCUAUGAUUUAGCAUUCAAUUCAAUAGUCUAAUACAAACUCAAAAAAAGUUGUAUAAGUGCUUUAGUUUAAAAAAUCAAAUUCUUAUAAACUCAAAAGAAUGUCUUAAUUCUAGGAUUUUUUGAUAUCACUCCUCAUGAAUUCAUUGUAUACAAAGGAGAAGACAUUUAGAAGUAAUUUAUUAAUUUAACUAUUUAAGAAAGUUAUUUCAAUUCUUUGUUCAAUUUAAAUUGGAUUAUGAAUAUUAUAGGCUUCUCUCAUAAAUAUAAUGA